AAGACACGGCUUUCGUACAACCAUCUUGCAAUCCCCCAAAAAUGCUUCCUCUCCUCUGGACCACCUUCCUUCUCCCCUCCUCCGCCCUUGCAGCACCCACCCCAUCCGGCACCUUCGACAUCCUCUCCUUCAACGUCGCCGGGCUCCCCGCCAUCCUCAACUCCAACGACGUCCCUGGUGACAAAACGACUAAUACCGCAUCCAUCGGCCAGAAGUUCGCAUCCUACAACUUCUCCCUCAUCCACGUACAAGAGGACUUUAAUUACCAUGCUACGCUGUACGCGAAUGACAACCAUCCGUAUCGUACGGCGACGAGCGGUGGCGUACCGUUUGGCGAUGGGUUGAAUACGUUGAGUAAUUUCGAUUGGGUGGAUUUCGAGAGGACGAAGUGGGGCGUGUGUAGUGAUGCUAGUUCUGCGGAUUGUCUCACUCCAAAAGGAUUUACCUUCAUGCGCGUCAGAGUCAGCGAGGGGGUCUGGAUCGACGCCUACAACCUGCAUGCGGAUGCCGGCAUCGAAGCAGAAGACAUCACGGCGCGCGCUGCCAACCUGCGCCAAGUAUCUUCACACAUAAGCACCUACAGCGCCGGAAACCCCGUGCUUGUCUUCGGCGACACAAACUCGCGCUACACGCGCGUCGGCGACAUCCCGACCGUCUUCAGCACCGACAACGGCAUGACCGACGUCUGGGUGCAGCUCGUCAAGUCCGGGACUCCUCCUGCUUCAGGCAGUGCUGCUCUAGUCUGCGACAAUCCAUCCAAUACCACGGAAUGCGAGAUCGUGGAUAAGGUGUGGUAUCGCGGGAGUCCAGCGCUGCAGCUGAACGCGACGAGUUUCGAGUAUGCGGGGAAGAUGUUUUUGCAGGCGAAUGGCAGUGUGUUGAGUGAUCACGAUCCGGUGCUUGUGGAUUUCUCGUGGACGUUGGGAAAGAGCUUGCGGGUUUCGGAUCCGUAUGGUGGACCGCAUGGAGAUUUUUACAACGAUCUCUCUGCGUUGGCGGAUAUCUCCUCGCCGAAAGCUGCGUCGAUAACGCUCCGGGGCGGGAAUCGCCUCGACACGGUGUCUCUUACUCUGUCUUCAGGCGAGACGUUCACGCACGGUGGAACGGGUGGCACGGCUACGACACUAACGCUGACCGAAGGAGAGCGCUUGGUGAGCGCAACGAUCUGCCAAGGAAAAUAUAACGACCAAACGAGAGUCUUUUAUAUGGAAGUUGUGAGCAGUGCUGGGAGGACUGUCAGCGCGGGAACGAGGACGAGUGACUGUGUGGGGAGGUCUGCGGAGCAAGGAUGGGGCAUUGUCGGGUUUGGUGGACGGAGCGGAGAUGAGGUUGAUCGUGUAGGGUUUGUGUAUGGAAAGGUAUAAGAAUGGCGGGGUUGAAAGUAGAUUUCCGUGAUAACUGAGGGUUUCUUUCGAACUUGUAGCGCAUCUCGGACCGCAUGUGAUGAGCUGCUGUCACCGUGCGUCCAAACUAAUACGCUUUGGAAUCCGA